AGUGUUCAAAAAACAGCGUUCAUGGCGUCCACAACAUGAGCAUCAGAUAACCGGGCAACCAAUGAAACUGGUAGGGCAGGAUGGCAUCCUUUCAGCCUCGCCCAAUUGCAUCAUUUUAAACGAAUUCAGUCGCUUAGACACGCAAAAAAUUAUUCACUCGACGGGAGAACCUUCCUGCUCUCAUCAAUCAAAUUGCGAUAAUUCUUUAUGGUUGCACUGCAAACAAGGAGACUAAAACGAGAAUGAAAGCAAUGGCCGAAACGACGACGACGACGGAUGAUGUUUAUGAUGAUGCUUACGAGGAGAAACCGGGCCCGAGACCUCCACUUCAAAUCGUAUGGAGAAACGUUAUAUUAAUGUCUCUUCUGCACCUAGGAGCUCUUUAUGGACUGACGAUUCUUCCAUCUGUCUCUUUCUUAACGCUCAUAUGGACGGGAGUGUGUUUCAUGGUAAGUGCUCUUGGAAUAACCGCCGGCGCCCAUCGCCUUUGGAGCCACAGGUCCUACAAAGCCUCAUUGCCAUUACGAAUCUUCCUAGCGGUUGCAAACUCUAUGGCUUUUCAGAAUGAUAUCUACGAAUGGGCCAGAGAUCAUCGUGUCCACCACAAGUUUUCCGAGACUGAUGCGGACCCACACAAUGCCCACAGAGGAUUCUUCUUCGCUCACAUCGGCUGGCUGCUGGUCCGCAAACACCCAGAAGUUAUUGAAAAAGGACGCAAGCUGGAGCUCACUGACCUUAAAGCAGACGGGGUUGUAAUGUUUCAGAGGAGGCAUUACAAGUUAUCUGUGGUGGUGAUGUGUUUUCUUAUCCCCACGUUUGUACCUUGGUACUUUUGGGAAGAGAGUCUCUUGACCGGUUACUUUGUCCCUUGCCUGUUGAGAUACACUGUGGUCCUUAAUGCGACCUGGCUGGUCAACAGUGCAGCUCACAUGUGGGGAAUGAGGCCCUAUGACAUCACCAUCAAUCCCAGAGAGAAUAAGUUUGUUGCCUUUAGUGCCAUUGGUGAAGGAUUUCACAACUAUCAUCACACAUUCCCCCAUGAUUAUGCUACAAGUGAGUUUGGCAGUCGGCUGAAUCUGACCAAAGCGUUUAUCGAUCUCAUGUGCUUCUUUGGACUGGCCAAGGAUUGCAGGAGGGUAACUCGUGAGACCAUCUUGGCCCGUGUUCAACGCACCGGUGAUGGCAGCCACAAAAGUGGUUGAUUUGAUCAGUACAUACCAGAAACAAACAAACAAACAAAAAAAAGUUAUAAGCCAACAUAUACAAAAGCAUUUCUUAGUGUGCAAUGAAGAUUGAUCUGUAUACACUCUCAUAUGAAAUAAGAAUCUCUAGAGUGUGUUGGACUAAUAUGUGUUCUUAAGAAUUCUUUCCUUUUCAUGACUGUGGGGGAUUAUUUUCAGAGAUGGUAAAGGCCAUAGAUUGGGAGUAAUGUCUCAUGAUUGAUAAUUAUGUCUCAGUCUGCCUCAAGAGGCAAGAGAUGGUACUUCACUAGUUAAACAUCCAUGUGCCUCAUUACAGCCCUCUCUCAUGAAUAGUUUUAUCUGGCUAAGCACUUAUGGUUCUGAUUUAAAAAAAUAUCAUUCCAGAGCUGUAAAAUGCAAUGCAAGCUGUAAAAUUAAGAUGACAUGCCAUUAAUAUACUGGCACUACAUUUUCUUAGGUGAUAAAAUCUGAUUUCCAUUUGAAACUGAAAUAAUUUUAAUGACCACUGAAAGAUUAAUUUACAGAUCAGUAUAAGUAGUAAAAUAUAAGACUGUGCCACAGAAAUGUCCAUGGGAAAAUCGUUCUCGAUUCAUUUAAAAUUGAUGAUUGCGAUUAGUUCUGUUUAGAGUAAUUUUGUUAGUAUUGACAGAAGACCUAUACAUGGAAAUACAUCUUCUGUCAUUACUGAUCAUAUUUUUUUUCACAUUAUUAUUAUUAUUAUUAUUAUUUAAAUAAAUUAUUCUACAUGCCAUUGCAAAUGUCAAAUCAGUGGUGCUUAUAAUGAGGAAUUUCCUCAAGUGAAAUGAGCAAUUCAUCAGAAAUUUGUAUUUCAUUUUCCAUAUUGCAUAGCUCUUUAUCUGGUUUCCUUGGACAAUUGGUGCUGUAAAAGAGCACCUGUGGUGCCCAGGUAUAUGGUGACCUCUUUUCUAAUUAAAUACAUCGAAGCAUCAAAGGACUAUUUCAAGUAUUUUGAAAAAUAUUUAACCAAAAAAUUUUUUUGAAAGAAAUGUAUCUGUUGGGGUAAAUGUAUUAAGGUGUACAUUUAUUCUAGCAGAUUUAUUACAGGACAUUUAUUUGUCCUCGUUAUGUAAUCCGAGGAUUGGAAUAUUUAAUUCAUCAGAUAGUACCUUGCCCUUUGCCUUAUAGAUUUUGGGUUAGACUCAAAAUUGAAAAUGCAAAAAUGAUGUAUAGCAUCAGAAGAAUUGUUACAAACUUAUGAAGUUUUAAAUCAGAUGUAUAAUUCGGGAUGGGCUCUUUUCUCGGCUCUUCUUUGAUGAAUGAAUGACAACCUGUAGCUCCCUACAAAUAUUCCUUCACACAAAUGUUUGAUAGGUUGUUAGUGGUAUUCAUUUCUCCAAAUAUAAGAAAAAAUAUUCUCACCAAAUGCUAUAUAUUUAAAACAUACACCCAUGUUUAGGAAGGAGACACAAAUUGACACUAUGUUUUACAGCUUAAUUAUUUAUACAGUGUUGACCUUUGAUGUCUGGGAGCCUUAAUGGGCACAUUUUCAAGGAAUGUUGUUUCAUGUACCAUAAACCAAAAUUUCUAUAAGUGGGAGAGUUUUGCGAGUUGUACCGUGAGUUUUGUUAUGAAUCAAUAUUAAUCUUUUCUUAAUUGAAUAAAAUGUGUGUAUAUCUGAAAA